UGUUUUCUCGUCCUUGAUUUUUGUUUUUGUCACUCUUCUCGCAAUGCAAUCGUCGCCGGGCGUCUCCUCGUCUUCAGCGGCGUCGGCGUCGGGCUCCGCGCCGCACAGCCAAACGAGCAAACUGGCUUUCAUUCGGGAUGCGGUCGCGAGCAUGCUGCGCACCACCACACCUGCCAACCAGCUGGCCGACCUGCGCUGCGUGUUGCAAGAGCUGCUGCAGGACGUGGACCGCCAUGCGCGGCGGAACAAUGUGUCGCCGUGGCCGCCACACAGCCUGCUCUCAGCAGCACCCCGCGCGCCAGCGCCAAUGCCGCCGCCGCCGCCGCUGCGCACUCAUGCCUCAGCCCCUGCCGCAACGACCUGCGUCCCCAUGAAGCUCUACCAGAACGAUGACAUGGAUGACGACGACGACGACGGGCCGGGUCUCACUGAUCGCCGCAUGGGUGGCGCGGCAUUUGGCACCGCUCAGGCUCAGGCUCAGGCUGUUCCCAGCGCGCCAAUCUAUGCAUCUCUCGACGACGACUCGUCGUACGAGCUCGUCGAUGGCGAUUUUCUGCAGAGUUGUUGCAACCAUCACGUCCAGCGCCAGCACGACGACGAGCAGUCGCUCGCGCUUGCACGACAACUCGACGCGCAGUACCGGCGAGAAGAGGAAGACUCUUGGGCCCUCGCGCAGCGACUCCAAGAGCAAGAAGAGCAAGAAGACCGAGCCCGCGCCGCAAGGGAGCAUCGCCUGGCCGAGGCAAAGUCGCUCGAAUUUGUGCGGCAACUCCAGGAGCAAGAAGAAGCCGAGGCCUGCUGGCGGAAGCAACAGGAACAGGCCAGCGCCGACGCUGCACGGCGGGUGGCCGAGGAGGACCGUCGCCGCGCUGCAGACAACAUGCGCAACAAGGCUCAGAAUGAAAAGUUCCUUGAAAGCGUGCAGCAAGGCUAUGCCAGGUGUCCAAACGCCGCAUGUGGCCAAAUUUUUGAAUGCAUCCCCGGAGCGAGGCACGAAGGGGAGGCAGACCAGCAGAAUCCGGCGUUCGUGCCAAAGUGGACCGAGUCGCCCGAAGUGGUGGCAGGCCACUGGAGGCAACACCGCUUCCGGUGCAUUGCGUGCAACACUGAGUUUUGCUCCUCGUGCCAUCAGUCUCCCUACCACACCGGUUUCACCUGCGAAGGUCUGAAACAGCAUGAUGCUGCCGUCAAGUGUCGUUACUGCGGCCGGGCUGUUGCUGGGUACGUCUCGGGCAUUCCGUGUUGCGACACGCCCGAGUGUUCCGAGAAAAAGACCCGUGCCUGCACCAAAUCGCUCCCGUGUGGUCACGCUUGUUACGGCGUUUUGAAUGAGGCGCAGUGCAUGCCCUGCCUUGAGCCCGGCUGCGGCGCGCACGUCGCCUCCGGCGUCAACCAAAACGGCCAAGACGACUGCUCACUCUGCUAUGCCGAGCCUCUCGCCCAGGCCCCAUGCAUCCGGAAUGCAUGUGGCCACGUCUUCCACCACGCGUGUCUUGUCCAACAGAUUUCCGCUGGUCAUUCUGGCAAACGCAUUGUUUUCACGUAUUUGAAGUGCCCUCAGUGCCCCAAGUUGAUCUCUCACCCGGCGCUGGAGGCUCAGUUGAAGCCGCACAUGGAGCUCUACGAGCUGAUCAAACAAAAGGCGCUGGUUCGAAUGGACCACGACAACGACAUUCCAGAUCGGGCUGGCUUAAGCGAGGAAGAAAAGGUGAAGAGAGCAUUGGCGUCCUACUCGUAUUACAAGUGCUUCAAGUGUCCGUCUUGGUAUUAUGGCGGUCGCGUUGAGUGCGGCGAGAACGCAGACGCUCCUUUCAACCCCGAAGAGCUCGUCUGCGCCGGCUGCAGCACGGCAGGAUUGAGCAACUGCCCAACUCACGGCGCCGAGUACAUUGGGUUUAAGUGCAAAUUUUGCUGCGAGCGCCUCUCUACCUUCUUUUGCGCGGGCACGACGCACUUUUGCGAACCCUGCCACCGUGCUGGGUUUGGUGCGCCAGUCAAGCCGUGUCGUGGCGCGCCGCACUGCCUGCUCGGACCAAACCAUAUUCCAAACGGCCAGGAGUAUGCGGUGGGUUGCGCUCUGUGCUCCAAUCUGCAGCACUAGUUUGACCUGCACGACCGGCGUCUCGUUGUAGGUUGUACAUUUUUGUGUAUGUCGUUGUGGAUUUGUGAAGUGGCACUGAAUAACUUUUUUGUAUUGCCUAAUGGAAUAGUUGUUAACAUGAAACCAAC